CGGGGCCGGCAACGGGGAGCCCUUCGCCGCCUGGAGCGCGCCCUCGUCCCCCGGCGCCAUGAGCCUCAACGAGCACUCGAUGCAGGCGCUGUCGUGGCGCAAGCUCUACCUGAGCCGCGCCAAGCUCAAGGCCUCCAGCCGCACCUCCGCGCUGCUGUCCGGCUUCGCCAUGGUGGCCAUGGUGGAGGUGCAGCUGGACGCCGACCAUGACUACCCGCCGGGCCUGCUCAUCGCCUUCAGCGCCUGCACCACGGUGCUGGUGGCCGUGCACCUCUUCGCCCUCAUGAUCAGCACCUGCAUCCUGCCCAACAUCGAGGCCGUCAGCAACGUGCACAACCUCAACUCUGUCAAGGAGUCGCCGCAUGAGCGCAUGCACCGCCACAUCGAGCUGGCCUGGGCCUUCUCCACCGUCAUCGGCACGCUGCUCUUCUUGGCCGAGGUGGUGCUGCUCUGCUGGGUCAAGUUCCUGCCCCUCAAGAAGCAGCCGGGCCAGGCGCGGCCCACCAGCAAGGCCCCGGCCCACGGUGGAAGCAACGACGGGGCCGGCAUGAACGGCAACAGCAGCGCCAGUAGCAUCACCCCGGGCCAGGCGGCCGCCAUCGCCUCCACCACCAUCAUGGUCCCCUUCGGCCUGGUCUUCAUCGUCUUCGCCGUCCACUUCUACCGCUCCCUGGUCAGCCACAAGACGGACCGGCAGUUCCAGGAGCUCAACGAGUUGGCCGAGUUCGCCCGCCUGCAGGACCAGCUGGACCACAGAGGGGACCACCCCCUGACGCCCGGCAGCCACUACGCCUAGGCUCGCCCCACCCGGCACCCCCACGCUUUGGCCUUAGCUCUUUGCCCGGGACCUCGGCCUGCCAGCUUCCAGGUGGCUCCUCCGGGGACAGAUAGCUGGGAAGAGGCUUUUACGUUUGUUGUUUUAAAGAAAAACUCACACUUGGGCCGGAGUGACAACACAGCAGGGAGGGCUUUUGCCUUGCAAGCGGCAAGCCCAGGCUCCGUUCGAUCCCCAACAUCCCAUCUGGUCCCUGAGGCUGCCAGGAAUAAUUGAUUCCCGAGUGCAGAGCCAGGAGGAACCUCUGAACACCUCCUCUGGGUGUGGCCCAAAAAGCAAAAAGAGAGCGAGAGAAACUCGCUCGCAGCACUUUGAAACUUUCCUCUAAGCAAAUCCUCACUUCCUGUUCUUCCAGCUCCGGGUUCAUCCUCCUGGUUGGAGGCCGC